GACGGGUGGGAGACAAGAAAGAAAGAUGGCUAUGGAUGCGCAAAUCGCGUGGUAACAUAAGUUGUGAUCAAUUCUUUUUUCUCAUUUAACGCUCUUGUUGAUUCUCGCGUUGAUUCCACGUUUUUCUGUGUCGCGUAACAAUUUCCCGGCAUGGAGUUUUGCUUUAACGCGAAAUAUAUAACGAUAUGAUUUUUAAUAUAAAAACAGAAAGUUUUAUCAAUCGGGAAUAAUAGAAAAGAAAUGUAUCAGCGCAGGGGCUGAACUCUCGCGGAUGAUGUCAAACAUGCGGCAACGGCAAGGAUUUUCGAUAUGAGAGAAAGUAUUAGAAAUCCGCGGCGUGUUUCGGCAAAUGUUCGUCAGUGAAAAUAGUGCCAAAUGAUUGCGAAUAUAUGGCGGCGAGAGUACUUUUGCUCAGCAUCUUGUUUACGGAAGUGCUAAAGCCCGUUUAUUGUACAGGCAUCGAAGAAAUUGUCGGUGGGAUAAACGAAAGAAAUGGAGGAAAACAAGAUAAUUUAGAUCCGAAUGAUUCGAAAAAUUGGAGGCUCUCUUUGGAAAUUGAAUCAAAGGGACCUGUUAUUUUAGGAAAGAAAGGAACCACUCUCAGCUGCAAUGUAAAAUCUAAACAGGAGAUUACCUGGUUGUACAAUGGGGAUGAAGCGCCUCCGUGUGGAAUCGCCCGUUGUUCGGUCCAUCGGAAUGGAACUCUUCAUUUUUAUAAGCAGAAGAAAAGUCUAGAUAUUUUAAAACCAAAAAAUUCAAGUUUCAAUAAUGGUUCGAAGACUUUGACGAAAGAUGAAUUUCGUUGUGUUGUUCGAACGAAUUGCGGGGGAUAUUUACGAUCAUCGCCUGUUAUUGUACAAGUUGCAAAACUUGCCCGCUCAUUCAAAGAACAGCCUCAAAAUGUAAAAGUACAAGAAGGGGAAGUUGCGCGACUUUCGUGUUCAAUUGAAAGUUUGCCUUCCCCUCCAAAAAUCACAUGGGAGCAUAAUUCAAAACCUUUAUUGUUUGAUGACAACAGCAAAAAAUAUACUUUUAUACCACCAGGUGUUCUGUACAUAAACGCGACACAAUUAUCCGAUGCUGGAGAUUAUAGAUGUGUGGCUGUCAACGAAUAUUUAAACAAAACUACAACAAGUGCGGAAGCGAAAUUAACAGUCUCAAAUUCGAGGGAUUAUUCGGCUAGUUCACUCUUGCCACAAACGUCCAAUAAUUAUGUAUUAAAUGAAAAUUCUUCUCUACAAUUGGCAUGUGCCGUUUCUGGUUAUCCAUCUUCUAUUCCAACAUGGUCGUUCCUUCCUCGAAAUUCAAUUAAUAAAACGAAAUUGAGAUUUUUAGUCAAUUCAACAAGCGGCAUAAGUCUUCUUAAUUUACAAAAUGUUGUACAUUCAGACUCGGGUGUUUAUACUUGUGCUGCCAGAAAUUCGCUCAAUAAAAGCAUGGAAUAUCAGCAAAUUAAAGUUGAUGUUCUGGUUCCACCAACCUUUUUGAAAAAGCCAACGUAUCAGGGAAUUCCAAAUGGGAUGACAGGAAGAUUCGAGUGUCAAGCUCAGGGUUAUCCAACACCACGUAUUUAUUGGUUGAAAGAUGCGAAAAAUAUUACAAUUAAUGAACGACGAACAAUUUCUGAGAAGGGUUUUAAUGAAAUGGAAUUGAUGAUUUCGAAUACUGUUCAGUCGGAUUCUGGAGUUUAUCAGUGUGUGGCAGUUAAUGAUGUUGGAGAAAUUUGGGCCGCGGGUCGGUUACAAGUUAUUAUUUCACGUAAUAAUCCUGAUGCACCAACAAACUUGAAGUGUCGCGCUCUGUCUUCAAAAAAGAUUCUUAUUUCAUGGGAGCCGCCGAAAUAUUUACCAACCACUAAUAUUACCGCCUAUACCGUCCAUUAUAGUCCCGUUGAAGGAGGAAGGGAAGAAGUUUCAUUGCCUGAACUUGGAAAUGUAACGUCAGUGGAAAUUACGAAGCUCCUUGAGCCGUUCACGAAUUACACUUUUUAUGUUCGUUUUUACAAUAAUCAUGGAGCCAGUGAUCAAUCGACGACAAUCACUUGUUCCACCUCUCCAAGUGUUCCAAAAUCUGCUCCAAAAAUAAGUUUGAGUGUGAUCGGCGACACGAAAUUGAAUGUAACUUGGAAGCCUUUAAGUAAAAAGCAGGCGCAAGGUAUCGUUACACAAUACAAAUUACAAUGGAGGCUUCAUCAGCAUCCUUCUUCACUCGUUCGAUAUUUCAAUUCUAGUGUUGAGCAGCAUUUGCUUAAUGAUUUGAAUCCCGGAGCUCAAUACGAUGUUCGAGUGUUGGCGAGAACUGAGGAAGGAUGGCCAAGCAUUAAUGAAGCACAAUUUACGUGGACCACUGUAACGAUGCCAUCUCCAGAGAUUGGACAAUUUUUCAUGAAAAAAAUUGUCAACGUCUCUCUUGCGAGUAUUAAUGCUUCCGCUGUUUCUAUGAAGUGGUCAUUAAAUGAAAAGUUGAAUCGAAACUACGGAUUGGAAUUGAAAUUGUGGAAAGUCUAUGUUGAAGAUGAAAAUGGAGAGAAGCUAACAUUGGACUUGUUACCGAAAAAUACGACAGAGUAUUUAUUUACUAAUCUAGAAGCACAUACUUAUACAAUGGGGCUGUGUAUGCUAACCGUAAACGAGGCUACAAAAUGCAUAAAUAAACGAAUUGAAUCUGCAAAUACUUCUUUAAGUAACAUUCCUACUGCCCUGGAGGCUAUUCCAAUGUCGGCUAAUUCGAUCAACUUAACAUGGAACAUAGCAAAUUCUUAUCGAAAUAAUAUCUUCGAAGUUUGCUAUCAUGCCGUACAUAUUAUGAAGGACACGUCGAAUUGCCUGUUAAUUAAUGACACAACUACUCUUAUCGAGGAUCUUAAGCCGUACACGUUAUACCAAUUUAAAAUCAGAGUUGUGCUAAACGAUCCUGAACAGACUAGUGAAUUUAGUCAAGCGAUCGAGUGCUACACAGGCGAAGAUAUUCCCGGAAAAGUCGAGGACGUGCAUUGGUUCUUGGGGAACAGUACGUUAGUGCGAGUGGCGUGGAAAGAACCAAGAAAAAUAAAUGGUUUGGUGCGAAAUUAUUAUGUUGUGUACACCAUGGAUCUAUCAAAAUCAGAUACUUGGGAAAAUUUAACAGUACCGGGAAAUAAAACGCAAACCAAUUUAACUGGUUUACUUUCUGGUCGACGUUAUUUUGUAAUGGUACAGGCAGCGACAACAGCUGGCAAAGGAAAAUUAUCGGAUCCGAUUAUUAUCGUUGCCGGCAGUAGUUCCUCCAAGAUUCCCUCAUCGUCCGAUGGACGCAGACCGUCGUCAAAAACAAGAUCGGAUCAGAAUCUCGGCGUAAUCUUGGGACUGAGCAUAAGCAUAGUUUGCAUUGGACUCUGCUUAUUCAGUAUGUACUGCCGGAAGAAAUGGGAAACCUCAAGGUCCUUGAGGGAAACGCCGCAACCACUCAAGAAUAGCGGUUUGGUAAGAAAUGGGAAUGGUUGUUGUUUGGUUGAUCGUUCAUCGAUUCCUGUUAAUCAACACGUCUCUCAUUUUAUGGGGAACGAAAUUGAACUCUCUGUACUUUGUCCCCCUACAACAACCCCUCAUUUGGACACGAAGGGUUCCCAUCCUAAUGGAGUGAUCGAGUUAGGUGCAAAGGAACCUUUACUGCAAUCGUGGCAUUCAAACGGCGAUACUAAGGAUCUCCGUAUAACAGAAAACCCACAGUACAAAGCGAGGGGUGGCAAUGCCUCGAGCAAACAACAGGAACAAGGCUUGAACGAUACACAACUAACGAUGGUCAAUUGUACUUUACGUAGCAGCGCUAACAGUUUAAACAAUAACCUCGGAGGUUUUGGAAGUGAAACUUCUUCCGAGAAGAUAACGUCGAAUAAUUCCUUUCCAAUUCUCGAGCCAAAUGGAUGAUACAAGGAUUUUGGAAACGAAAAUUCCCCGAGGUUAGAAAAGAUGGCAGUUUCUCAUGGUAAGAUCAGAAAUCUGUGAUGCUCUAUAUAAUAACAAAAAGCAAAAACAAAAAAGGAAACUUCUUUGAUAUAAGUCUACUUCUUUGCUCUCCGAAACUUAAUUCUCGCAGAAUUAAAAAAUAGAAAGAACAACAAAUGAAAAUAUCUUUUUUCAAAGCAUUGCUAUAAAGAAACAUUAAAUUCGGUGCCUAACUUUAAAGGGAUGGCGAUAUUGAUCGUGUAAAUAAUAUUUGAUUUUCAUCUCGUGAACUCAAAAGAAAUAAUCAACCUCAAAACAAAUUAUUCUAUAUAUACAAAAUUAGUUAUAUUUUUCCCCUCGCCUUUUUUUUAUUUAGAAAAAAAAGCCUUUUGGGCGCGAUCGUUCGUAAAUUGCUCACAUUAUAAAUUCCAACCUCACAAACAGAUUUUCAAGCAAUGCAGCAAAAUCAAAGUUAGAAAGAGGUGUCAUGUACAUAAUUUAUUCACGAAUAAUCCCGUUCCGUAUUAUAUAGCAAGUAAAAAUGAAGAAAACAAAAAUUGAUUAGCUCAUUCCUGCUUCAGGAAAAUACAAGUAAUGUUUGGUAAUGUUCUUAGGUGCGUUACUGAAUUCGCAGUAGGUUUAAUCUUAACGAUUUUCAUCUGUCAGUUCAGCAGUCAUUCCAAUUUUUACACAGUAAUCGAAAUAUUACUUUCAAUUUCCUCAAGAUUCCACAAUAGAAAAAACAUUUUCAUGACCACGGCUUGAAGAUAGAUUAUUUAUCGACAAAAUUUAUCUAUAUUUAUUCAAAUAAUUUAUUAAACAUUUCGAAAAGUAAAAUUUAAUCAAAAGAUAAUUAAUCGAAAUUGUACAAAGAAGAAAAUAACUCGAGACAAAAUAUUAAAAUCAAAGAGCAAAGAGAAACAAAUUUUUUUCUAAGUUUUUAGGAGAAUUAAAUUCAAGUGAGAAAAGUUAAUUAUAAAUUAAAAUUAAACGAGUUAAAGUUAAACUUAAUACCGA